UUAGUCUCUUAUCUUUUGUUUGAUUUAAUUGAAUUUAUAAAAAAAAAUUGAAUUUUAAAUAUAAUUUUCUUAAUAAUAAAAACACAUUUUUUAUGAUCAUAUAAAAAAUAUUAAAAAGUAAAUUAGGUUUAUGAAAUCUCUAUCUUCUCAUCAAUGUCUCUUUGUGCUAAAAUUGCACCCCACUUCAAUUCCACACCCCUCUCUCAUCAGUUUCUGUUAGAACGCUUCAAUUGCUUCUCCCAAAGAAAAUGUGGAUCCUUUUUCAUGCACAAUCACUUGCCUGAGCUCAACAAUAAUCCCCAUUUUUCUCUCACCUUCCAUACAAGGCUUUCCUCAACUAACACCAAUGGCAAUACGAACGAGCUAUCAGACUUGAGUAACCAUGAAGGUUCAGAAGAAAGCAAAGAGAGUAAGAAAGGAGAGUCGCUAUCAAUCAACGAGAUCAUGAAGAAACUGAAGAGAUAUGGAGUUUCCGGAAUCCUAUCCUAUGGACUUUUAAACACGGCAUACUAUCUCACAACAUUUCUUUUCGUGUGGUUUUACAUUGCUCCAGCACCUGGAAAGAUGGGUUAUCGUCCAGCUGUAGAAAGAUUUCUCAAACUGAUGGCGAUGGUUUGGGCCGGAAGUCAAGUCACUAAGCUUCUAAGAGCCACCGGAGCAUUGGCAGUAGCGCCUUUUGUUGACAGAGGAUUGACCUGGUUUACUGAUAAGUUUAAGUUUCAAUCACAAGGGAAGGCUUUCGCAGCAAUAGUUGGAUUCUGUUUCGGAUUGGCCCUCAUUGUGUUUUUGGUCAUCACACUACUUUGGGCCUGAAUGGAAUUUUUAUCAUCAUCAAUGGAAAUGUAUAAACUUUUAUUAUCCCUUAAUUGUUUUUCUCUGUAAAACAUGUUCUUGAGUUUUGAGGAUUCGAUCAACUCGAUUCUCAUUCAUCUUCAUUCAAAUUAUUAUUGUUAUUUCGGUUAUUGUUUU